AUGACCGCGAGUACCGUCGAUCCCGUCAGCGAUCUAGAGAGGGUCCGAGGAUCUGAAGAUAGUGCAGAGGCAACUCAUCGCGAGGCGAUGAUGGAUACCGAGAACACGACCCGAGAGCAGCGUAUGCUCGUCUCGGAGGCGAUGGUUCGGGCUCGUGAGGAUGAUGAUGGGGGCAAUGGCUCUCCUGAUGACGGGAUGACUCCCUAUUGCUUCUAUCCGGGAAAUAUUUUCGAGGAGCAGCGCAGGCUUGACCCGACACGAGCUCGUCCCUCUGUAGUUGAAGGGCAGGAUUGGGGAAACGUUUUACCGACGCGGUCUACGUUUGGGUCGGUGAGAAGGCUGCUGAAGAGGAGCAAGGCGAUUGGGGUUACGUUCAUAAUCCCGUCAAAGGACCAACGACCGUGGUCUCCCCCAAAGGGAUAUCAGUGCGUAUAUGAGUCGUACUUCGAGAAUGAUACGAAGUUAUGGUUUCCGAUACCUCGACUCGUCACCGCCUACACGAUGCGCCGAGGAGUUGCUCUGAGCCAGUUCUUAAAUGGCGCUUGGCGCCUAGCAGUUGCGCUGAUGGUGAUUGGGGCAGAAGCCGGUGCCGCUCUCAGUGUCCGAGCAUUCGAGGAACUGGUUUCGGUGAAGAUCAAUCAGGGCCUGUUGUCGCUAAAGAUACGUCCCAACUACAAUGUGGUAACGGGCUAUCCGUCCAAGACGAACGAGUGGCAGCGAUCGUACUUUUACGUCAAGUCCGAUCGCUCGGCUUUCGAGGAGCCGCUGAAGACCGGUUACCGUGUUCUUUGGAACAAUGAAUUUGUCCCUCACUCGAAUACCGCGGAGUACGAGGAAGAUUUUUUGGAGAGUGCUCGGAUCGUCGCGUCUCAAAGGCAAGAUCUUUGGGAGAACUUCUCGUACGGGAGGAUUCGCAGGUCGGCUGAUCGGAUUAGACUACAGGUUUGGCGUUCGGAUACUGUUCCGAUUAUCACCAAGAAAUCGAAAAGAAUCAACCUGUUCAACAAGGCCGAGCAGACGGAGAUCAAUCGGGCCAGAGUUAUGAGGGAAUUGCCGGAUCUGAGCUUGGUGGUUGGGAAGCAACUUGGGUUUGUGGAGCCGGACCAAAACUCCAACGCAAACUCACCUAAUCUCGAGGAACCUAAUGCGACUGAGUCAGAUGAGGCUCAGCUCGUGAGGAAAACGGGGAACAAGAGAAAAGAGAGGGAAGGCGCUUCUUCCGAGGGGAAACAGACCGAGGAGACUUCCACCGGUGGGGGUGCCAGGUCGGAGAAGAAAAGGGCGCGAAAGGAUUUCGCAGAGGCUCGACCUUCUUCUGUGGAGGAAGGGGAGCUCCAAGCCUUGGAGCCUAGUAACGGCUCUCGAGACGACGCUCUCCCGAAUCCAUCUCCCGGUGGCGGUCAAGCGGGUGAGCAUCAAGAGACUUCUUCUAAAGUGAAGAAGAAGUCGAAAAAGAACAAAAAGAAGAAUAACGGCGGAUCCUCGGGGCAGGAGGGGGCGCCCGAGAAGGAGACCGUGGGAGCCCCGACUGCUGCCGUUUCUCUCCCAAAGGCGGCGGUUCGCGAAGAUGCCGGGGGAUCAAGCAGGUCCGCUCCGAAGGCUCAGGAGAAGGACGUUGUGCCGAAGGACCUUCAGGGGUUUUGUCCGGACAAGGUCGACUUUAUCUUUAAGCGGGAUACUCCUCUUGUUUGCAACGAGAGGGACUGUGCUCGCUUUGUCCGCCAAGUCCGGGGGAGCAGAAAGCAUCUCCCACUCGUCAAGGAUCUCGUCUUCCAAGACGAUUACACCGCCGCCGCCGGUUCUUCGGUUAAGGUAAGGAUAGUUUUUGCGUUUCGUCCGUUCCUCGUCUUUUUCCUAACUUGGUUGUCUCACUCUCUCUUUGAUGUGCUGCAGAGCCAAGGGGAUUGGAAUGAAGUCGUCCGUAAGUACGACGAGGAGCUGAAGAGGACCUAUGGUGUGAUCGAUAGGCAGCGACACAACACCAGGGAAGCGACGCAAGCCCUAGAGGUCAUGCUUCGCAAGAAAAACGAUGCGGUCAUCCGGGAAGAGGCCAUGAGGGAUGAGCUCCUCCAGAAGGAGACGGCUAUGAACAAGGAGCUGAAGCGAGCCCGGGAGUUGGUUAAGACACUCGAGAAAGAGAAAGCCAAGUUGGCAGACGAGAAGAAGAUCCUCGAGGAAGAGAGGGCUGCCGCUGCCAUAGCGCAUUCCAAGGAGAUGGAUCGUCUCCGAGAGUCGCGCCGCUAUGAGGUUACUCACGAGCGGAUCCGAGUGAUGGCUGUGAUGCACGGAAAGGCUGCUGCUCGCUUCCAGAGGAUUCGAGAGCGGGAGACUCGUCGCGACAGUUUUGAGGAUGCGAGGUGUAUGCUCGGACAGGCUCGCGGAAUGAGACGUUGUCUUGAAGGGAUGAAGGCAACAGGUAAAAGCAUCUCUCAAGGAGAUAUCGAUACCUAUGCCGAGCAAGAGAAAUAUUACGACGCGGAGGUGAAGCGUUUGGUCGUAGACGAUCUUGCUGAGAAGGACCUCUCUUUGUCCCCUCUUGUGCUCGAGUCGAGGUUCGUCAUCCAAGAGAUAUUGGAUAAAGUCGACAAGUACGGGUCGAACAUGGACUUGCUCGACUCUGAGGCUGCCAGGGCUCUUCGCACUCCACUCAGGGGACCAGAGGAUCAAUCCGAAGGACCGUCGAAGAGCCUUCUCGAAACCGUCCAGUCGCCAGCUCACCCUGACGCCAUCCUUCCGGAAAAUGCUCCGGUGGUCGAAGAAACGACCAAGCCAGCUUCCGAGGUUCCGAUCUCCGAUACGCCGAUCAAGACGGUGGAUAUCACCGAUUCGCCGUCGCUUGAAGUGUCAGGCUCUGGCGUGAGCGGGGAGCGCUCCGAGGAAGAUCCCCUUGUCUCGGGAUGACUUUAAAUGUUUGUUGUAUCCGUUUUUCGGCCUUUCGGCCUUGUUCGUCUAAAACUUAUUUCCUUUUCUCGGCUAAGGCCUUUGUUGUAUGGAUUUGGUGCCUUCGGUUUUAUUUUUAGGCAAAUGUUUCCUCAUAUAUUUCCGUAAAUCGCUUAAUUUAGAAAUAUAUAAAUCAUCCACUUGUCUAUAACCGAGAAAUGGAAUAAUCCGGAUGGUUGCUCGCAUUUGCCAGCGAGUUCCCUCCUUUUCAGAUAGAAACAGAAAUUAGAGAUGGUUGUUCGUUCGUAUUUUUACUUAUCCAACGAAGCUUUUACAAGUCUAACGUCCAAGUAAAUACAAAGAAACUCUAAUCGUUCUACUGAAUUACCGAGGAAAAGGUUUCAAGACGCAGUGCAGUGAUCGAGAGAACUAUUGGUCGGCCAAACCGUCGUCCUUCGAUCAGACUUGGUCUGAAAUUUCCAUUGGAUAGCCGGUCAAUGCACGACGCACAGGUGACGCAAGGCUGUUAUUCCCUUCGGCUGAUACCCGAUCAAGGCUCAGCCGAUUUAGCUGGGCGAGUGCUCGUGCUCCGCUUGAUAAAGGGGCUGGCAUCGUUUGUUCGGGGAAAGGUGACUGUUGGUCAUUCUAAAAAAAAGUUUGGACUUUGUUUUGGUUGGGGCUGGACCCUGUGAAGGGAUGCCUACGUACCUCGGAUGAGGAUCAAGCCUUUCGUAGUUCGUUUGACCGAGUGAAAGUGGCUGUAGUAGCGCAUUCACUCGGACGAGUAGAAGUGACGGUUAGGUGCAUCUACUCGGUUUUUUUUUUUUUUUUUUUUUUUUUUUUUUUUUUUU